CGUAAUCAGCGCAGCCUUGCUCUUGGGCUUCAGUUCUACGAACCUGCUAUGGAAUGCCUCUAGGCUACCAUCACUUAUCAUGCUACUUCCAGAUGCAUGCGCGCUGGGGCUGAAGGAUUUCAGGCCGAAUGCUCUGCCAUAUGCCAUCCUCAGCCCACUAUCACUCGCUACACCAUACCUCUGACGUCGCAGCGCGCCUGUAAGAUGCAGUCACGAUAACCUGUGCGCAGUCACAUGCCGCUACCAUAGUCCUGCACUAUUGCGCUAGCUUCUUCUUCCUCGCCGUCCUGACGCUUGACUGACCAAUCGUAAUGUUAGCCUCGCUCAGCCUACUCGUUAUAUAUGCGCAGGAAUCCAUGGCUAUCAGGCAACAGCACACGACGGUGACGGGGCAGGACUGUCAAAGCAUGGGAUGUAAUCCAAGAUCUGUCCAACUUUUCGAAGCGCUUUUUGCAACAACAGAGCACGGAUAGAGCUUAUGACAACGAAACACAGAUUCAUAACCACUUACUCAGAGCUCUGUACAACAAGAAAGGAGAUCAGACUCCUGCACCUUGGACCAGCCUUGCGAGAGACCGAUCCUAUUAUAUGUCGUUUUAGCAUUGUAUCACUAACCCGCGAAUAUGACGGGUGCCUUGACACGCACUCUACCCAAUACGAAGCGCUCUCCUAUGUCUGGGGCAUCGAGAAGCAUGCUAUUCCGGUCCACGUCAAUGGGGUACCUAUAGGCGUUACUGUUAAUCUGUACCAUGCGCUUCAGGAUUGCGACUGGCCGAUCGGGAAAGGGUCGUUUGGAUCGAUGCAAUAUGCAUAGACCAAAGAAAUUUGGUCGAGCGAACACAGCAGGUGUCGCUCAUGCGUGACAUCUACGAGAGAGCUUGGAACGUUGUAAUCUGGUUGGGUCAAGGUUGGGACAACUUCCACCUAGUUAUGCGGUACCUGGAGCAAAUGGGCCAAAAUCAGAGCUUCCACAUACACCCAGCUAUAAACCCAAGCCUUCAGCUCGAUGGAAGAGAUAUCACGGCUCCUGAGAUCCAGAAAGGACUGAAGAUGUUCUUUGGCUCUUCUUGGUGGACGCGUGUAUGGACUGUCCAGGAGUAUCUAUUGUCUCGACGAUCCGUGUUCCAAUGCGGCCGGUACCUGC